AUGAAAGAGAUAAACAGUUAUGGAUUUAACAUGGCGGACGAAACGCGUAAAGUGCGAGUCGAAGAAAGAUUAAAAAUAAAGAUUGGCGAAGCCAAAAACUUGCCAGCUCGUAACAAUGGCGCGGCGUGCCACCGCGACAUAUACUGCGUGUUGUCACUCGACCAAGAAGAGAUAUUUCGCACUUCUACCAUGGAGAGGACGCUUAACCCUUUUUUUGGCGAAGAGUUCCAGUUCGAAGUACCUCGAAGAUUCCGCUACCUCUCCAUAUACGUGUUCGACCGCGACAAACAUCUCAAACAGGACAAAGUGUUGGGCAAAGUGGCGAUCAAACGCGAAGACUUACAACGGUAUAACAACAAAGACCAUUGGUUUGCAUUGCGACCGGUCGAUGCAGACUCCGAGGUGCAAGGCAAGGCGCAUUGCGCAGCGCGUGUGGGCCCCGAUACCCUACGCCUGAGGGUUCUCGAGUGCUCCGAGCUCACCACAAAGAACGGCCAGUGCGAUCCGUUUGCUCUCGUCACGUUACUUUACUCCAACGGACGGAGAGUCGAGAAACGUACGAAACCUAGAAAAAAAACUGUCAAUCCGCAGUUCGAUGAAAUCUUCAGUUUUGAUCUCGUUAUGGAGGCUGAUCCGAAGGAUAAGGAUGGCUCUCAAUCAGCAGGCGUGGCGUGUGAAGCGCGCGUCUCUGUGUGGCACGACGCGGCCACGCCCGUGUUUCUUGGCGAAGUGCGACUGCAGUUGCGGCAGCCUGAGCCCUCUCCUAUGUGCGCCUGGUUCUUUCUCACAUCGCGCGCUGGCGGAGCUCUAUCCCGUGGGGCGACGCCGCCCGGGACGCGGCUGUCGGCGGCGGGUAGCGCCACGCUCGGCUCCUUGCGACUGCUGCUGCAGUACACUGUCGACCACGUCUUCCCCAUACACCACUAUCGACAACUCGAGGAGCUGUUUCUCAGGAGUGUUCACCAGAAGCCCAUAACGGCGUCAGCGGUAUACAUCUUGGGUGAGAUAGUAUCAAGUAAGACUGACGCUGCACAACCUCUAGUUCGACUAUUCACGCAUCACGAUCUCAUAGUGCCUAUCGUCAAAGAACUCGCUGACGCUGAGAUUUCUAUUCUCACGGACGCGACGACGAUAUUCCGCGGCAACACGCUGGUGUCGAAGAUGAUGGACGAGGCGAUGCGGCUGAGCGGCGCGGCGUACCUGCGCGCCGUGCUGCGGCCCACGCUGGCCGCCGUGCUGGCCGAGCGCCGCCCCUGCGAGAUCGACCCCGCGCGCGUCAAGCCCUGCGCCGCCGUCGCCGCCAACCUCGCCACGCUCAAGGACUACGUCGAGCGGGUGUUCGGUGCGAUCACAUCGUCGUACGCGAUGUGCCCGGCGGUGAUGUGCCGGCUGUUCGACGCGCUGCGCCAGUGCGCCGUGCGCCACUUCCCGUGCAACGCGGAGGUGCGCUACUCCGUCGUCUCCGGCUUCAUAUUCCUGCGCUUCUUCGCGCCCGCCAUACUCGGCCCGCGCCUCUUCGAUCUCACCACCGAGCAAAUUGAUCCACAAACAAACCGAACGUUAACUUUGAUCUCAAAGACUAUUCAGUCACUGGGCAACCUCGUGAGCAGCCGCUCUGCCCAGCAGGUGUGCAAGGAGGAGUACAUGGCGGAACUGUAUCGGAGCUUUUGCACUCCCAGACAUGUGCAGGCAAUUAAGCAGUUCCUAGAAAUUAUCUCCACAAGUUCUGACACCCAAAAUAAUAAUGUUCAGGAAUCGCCCGUUUUACUCAAAGAAGGUACAAUGAUCAAGCGGUCGGAAAGCGCCCGUACCGGUUCUGGUUCCCCGAGACGGGGAUGGAAGCGUGCCGCUAAUACGCCUUCCAAACGGAGGCAUUUUAGACUCACUAGCGGCGAGCUGUCGUGGUCGCGCAGCGGCGGCAAGGCGCCGGCGCACCGGCUGGCGCUGGCCGGCGUGCUGGCCGUCGCCGCCGUCGACUGCCCGCCCGCCGGCGCGCCGCUCGGCGCCAACAACAUCUUCCAGAUAGUGCACCGCGAGCGCGUGCUGCUGGUGCAGGCGAGCAACUGCGUGGAGCGCGCCGAGUGGGUGCGCCUGCUGAGCGCGCUGUGCCGCCGCGCGCCCGCCGCCGCGCACCGCGGCUACUACGCCGCCGACCGCUGGACCUGCUGUGGCCGGUCGGAAGCGGAUGCGGAGGGUUGCAGCGGUGGCGAUAGCGCGGAAGAACGCGGACGUAACGCACCUGCAGCGUUAGCGCUGCGCUUAGACCCCGCGCGCGACCUACAGCGGCUGCACGCGCUGCUGGUAGCGCACGCGCAGCGCCUCGACGAGCGCCUGCACCGGCCGCACGAUGGUGCAACACUUGAAGAACGUGAAGCUGAAGCAACGACAUUACGGGAACUGCAGAAAACGAUAUUUGACCUUGAACACCAACAUUGCAUAUACCGGCGGUCGCUUGCCCGGGAGACCAAGUAUGGCAGCAAGCAAGCACCUAUAGGCGACGAUAAUUACCUCCAUCUGGCGGGAGCGGCAGGUAACGUGGACGGCGGGUCGUUCUUCUGGCGAGCGUUUAGAGGUGACAUGUCACCCACAGUCGAUCUCGACGGAAAGACUUUACCCCUACAACAGACGCCAAUCGACAUUGGCUCCAGUACGGAGUCACUCAAAUUGGCGCGACUCGGUGACGAACGCUCCUCUGGCAAGUCUAACAAGUCCACCGGCAGCGGUUACCUCACCAUGUCCUGUUUAAAGCACGAGCCGUCUGAAGACAGCGACGCUUCCACCGACAAACCAGCGCGGCCGCCCAAACCAGCCCGCCUGUCCCCUUCCCGUACUUUCUCCCCACCCGCUCCUCUUUGCGAGUACGUAGAUGUGGAGCUUAAGCCGCCACGACGGGGUCCUAAACCUGAAUUUACUCCGAAGCGAUCCGACGUUAACGUUUCAAAUCGCUGCAAGGAGUACGAAUUGAUGGCUAACUUUAUGAGUCAUGCCCACGUGUCAGACGAGGACGCUCCACCAGCGGUACCACCGCGAGGCAACACCGCCGCGCGAAUAAGACUGCAGCCAAAGUCCGUUGAUGUGGAAAUUAGACGGUCAAGUGAACUAUCCACUUUAAAACAUGUCAUGAGCUGCUCCACUAACAGUCUACCCAACGACGGUAUCAACGUAGACGACCAUCAAAGCCCAGGGGAACCAACUCACACGCGCCCUCUAAGCAAAGUUGAUACAGUCUCAAACGAUGACAGUUUGCUUGCCGAACUGCAACGUGACACGUACUGCGUGCUAAAAGUGUGCGAAGAUGAGGUACAGGACCGUGAAAUUUGCGGAGUGGAAUCUGAAGGAUCAAUAGACCGCAAGGAGAAGGAGGAAUACGGAAUGUUUUCUAGAAUAAGUAUACAAAGGAAGUCGAAUCCUAUAAAGACCCAGCCUUCUAUGAAGCCACUGAAGACGUCCAGUUCGACGUCGAACGUACACGAUGCGGGUACUAACACGUCCCGGCCCUUGACGGAGCGAUUGACGCCGUUUUUUUUGAAAAAGAAACCGAAGCCUCCCAAUGAUACGCAAGCGACGAAAUGCACUCGUAAAGAGGACAAUCUGAUCGGGAGGUUGACACCUCGGUUCGGCCAAUCGCGACUAUAUGGGCGAGGACAGUCGCUUGAACUUGCGCCUUCGGAAAGUCGCAGCAAGCGUAUAGAGCGAUCUGCGACUACAGUUAACAUACAAACGAGACCGAUCAAUUCUUCUAUAGUAGCCAACUUCAAGUUUCUAAGUUUACAUAGGUACGGUCCGCAGGACGAUGUGCAGUGUCAUGCGUUUGUUCGUAACGAAGAUACCGAACACAUGCCUAAAGGGGACUCCUCGAGUGGAACUACUGAAAGGGAACCACCUGGAGAAACGGGAGAGACUAUAGAGUAUAUAGUGAGUGAAGAAGAUGCCUUGAACAGUGCCGCGUGGCGACGCAAUCACGGUCCUUUACUGGCCGCUGCCACGAACGAUAUUAGACUGUAG